AUGCUGCUCCGAUAUAUCAAUCUGCGGCUUGAUGUGAAGGGAUGGAAAGGGCAACUGCCACCGAAAAGUGAUGCACGAAAAGCUUUCUUUACUCAGCUACACUAUUUAAAGUCAGUUUUUCUUUUUGAUAUCAUGCCUGAGUCGCUGGAUGACUUGACUGCUGAAGAGAGUGAGCUUCUAGAAGAGAUCUGGACACUUAACCUGCCAUUUCCUGAUCAAGACAAGCUGCUUGCCUACCUCAUUGCCAUUGACGUGAUGUCCUUCUUUCCUGCAUACUGUCGGUUGUCAAGCCUAUAUGAAAAGCAUGGAUUUCAACGGUUCAGUGCCAUACCUCUGCACCACUCGCUCAUCCAAAGCCACAUUCGCAUCGACUCCAAAAUCCUGUACCAGCAUAUCCUUUGCAUCAUGCAGCGAGAAGCAGAAGCCAUAGAGAAGUUUGAAGGCUCGAUCACAAUGGAUGGUACCUCGGUGUCUGUGUAUUUGAAACACCCCAAUGCCAACAAGUACGGAAAGCAUGGAGUGAGAAAGUCAGCAAAGACCCUAGAAGCUGAG